AGAAAACACGUCACACGUCACACAAACAUGAAGUUAAAAGUUAAAUAAUGGCCUUAGGAACAAUUAUCCUUUCAUACACUAAACGAACCCAGUUACUUUACAUACUGAUCGCGUUCUGCAUUCUGCAGUCCAUUCUGGGGGCGGCGGUGUUCGGACAGUCGCUCUACAUGUUCCUGCAGGUGGCUCCGAUCAUCAAAUCGGAAUCGUCCGAAAUUCGUUUCGCAUUCGCGACCACCGGCAUAUUCGGCACGAACCUGAUGACCCAUUGGUUGUUCGGCAUCAUGGUUUGCAGGAAGUGCUACUAUCACGCACGACGGAGAAGUACCAGCAGCCAAUUCGCGAUAUGGUGCUUCAUCGGUUCGCAAACGGCGUUGUAUUUUGUCGUGAUCGUGCUGUUGGCUAGGAAAUUGAACAGACAAAUCGAGAGAUCGAUGAAGAACAGUUUGCAGAGCUACAUGAAAAAUUAUCUUAGGAACGCGGAUAUGAAAUACAGCAUGGACUAUUUGCAGUUCAGUCAGAAGUGUUGUGGAAUUUACAGUUACCAGGACUGGCACAAGAUCAGUUGGUUAAGCGUUUACGAAGUUAACAAAGAUGCGGAAGCCGUCAAAAAUAAAACGGAGGAUGGGGUGAUGCAUUUGCCUGUAAUUCCGUGGAGUUGCUGCAGGGUGGAUUUUCCAUCGCAGUGCUUUCACGAUGCUUUGCAACAACCAGGGUACGCUCACCUUUGGAAGGAUGAGGAUUCGAUUGUGGAAAGCUCUGUAAACACUAACGGCUGUUUGGAAAUUGUAUCGAAACCAGUUGAAUUUAGUAUAAAUUUAGUGACUGCUUUGAUGUCUGUCAUUACAGUACUCCAUGUAAUAAUUUUUUGUCUGAUGAAGAUUCUAUACACCUCUUGUAGAAAUGUAUUUUUACUUGAGGAUCAUAAGGGCAAAUCACCAGGAUGGGUGUUCGGAAGAGGUGACUUUGGUUAUAUGAUGGGGAAAACCUUACACGAAAUCAUGGAGGGUGUCGACCAGAAAGGCUCAGAACAGCAGGUAUCGCAGAAACCUAUCAAAGAAAAGGAAAACAAACUUUUAAAACGGAUCAUGAGGAAAAGGAAAAAGUCUGAUCAUUUAAUUGACAAAGAGAAACAGAAAAGAGACACGCCUGAGACAGAAAGACUUUUAAAUAAUAAAUAAGUUUACAAAUAUUAUUUAUAUACUAUUUUAAGAAAAAAUAUACAAAGUUUUAUUUAUUUAUUUUCCCUUUUCUAUUUUCAAGGGAAACCUUGUUAUUCUGUCAAUUUUGCAUCUAUUAAAUACUAUUAACAAAACUA